AGGUCGCGUUCGCUGCAGUCAUUUUACGUAACGUCGUGCCGACCGCGUGCACGUCUACCGCAACGAACGCUUCCAUUGAAAACUGGACGUACCGCAAGUCUCAGACAAAAAGUAAUUUUGUACAAAUGAUUGUAAAUUUAAAAUAUUUCAAAAAACAAUGGUCAGACUUUCCCGCAUUUGAAAUCUCGUCGUUCAGGGUGGCGAACUCGGACCCUCGUAGAACCCUGUACACGUUGACGGCUUUGCAGUUGUGGUUUCAAUCAUUUUCAAUUUUACUGUUGGUCGGCAGCUACUUAUUAGGGUGGUACGUCGAAAAGAAUGUCAAGAUAUUAUCAAAUCAUCGAUGGGACGGUUACGAACAGUUUUACUUCAAUACUUCGCUGUUAUUCCAAAUAUGUGACGUCAUACUGUCGAUUUAUGCGAGUUAUCAUUUACGAAAUGCCACAAUCCGAUAUAGUAACGUACAAGACGUUAGGAUAUGGUUAAUAGUCAACAACAUUUACCUUUUGUCGGCGGUAACGUGUUUUUUAUUCGUUUUGUCCAAAGUCAAUAGUAUUGUAAUAUACAUAAAAUUAAUAACCAUAAUAAUAUUUGCCAAUUACAAGAUAGACAUCGUUCAUCAGAUUUACAAAGACGAAAAAUCGUCGUGCAUUAUUUUGGAACAAGGUCCACCGUUGUUAUCUGAUUCACCACAAUCUGCAGACGAAGACCAGUUAUCGCCAAAAAAUUACACCGUAAAAGUUGAAAAGGAAUCGACAAAAAAAUCUAAUUUUCAACCACUUUUCUACAUAGUGAAUCAAUAGCUGUAAAUAAUACCUUAUACACGGUUAUCAACAUAAUAAAAAUAAUAAUAUUAAAAUAAA